ACUAAUUGAAAUCCCAGCAUAAACCAAACGUUUCCACAAAUUGCACAUCAAUUGCCACCAUUGUCAACUGCACAUGUUGGGCCGGUUGCGGCAAGUGUUUUGACUGUAGAUGUCACUCAGUGCAAAUAUUUCGCAACUAUACAACAGCUCGAUCUGCAACAAAAAGGCUAUGAAUAUUGAUAUUCACCCGCUAACACACGAUCCCACAUCGGCAUGGAAGGAAAUAUCGAAAUCACAGCGUGUAAUCAAAAUCAACACCAAACCACCGACAGCAGACGUGCCAUCGAACAAAGUGCGGGUCGUCUGCAUGUCCGAUACCCAUUCGCUGACGCAUCACAUCAAGUUCGACAUUCCCGAGGGCGAUAUUUUCAUUCACGCCGGAGAUUUUACGCGCUGUGGCAAGCUGGAUGAAGUGGUCGACUUCAACGAAUGGUUAAAGAAACUACCACAUAAACACAAGCUGGUAAUUGCUGGAAAUCAUGAGCUUAGCUUCGAUCAUACCUUUACCCAUCCGUUCCAAAAUGCAAGCGCCUGUUGCAAGAAGACGGGCUCCACGUUGCUGGAUGAAAUUCCAACGUUGGGAAACUCGAAGGAAAGCCUGGCGGAAGCGGUAAAAACGGAAAACAUUCGACAGUAUUUAAGCAACUGCACCUACCUGCAGGAUGAAUGCAUCGAGCUGUACGGUUUGCAGAUUUACGGUACACCCUGGCAGCCCGAGUUUUGCAAGUGGGCAUUCAACGUGAAGCGCGGCCAGGCAUGUCUCGAAAAGUGGGAACAGAUACCGGAGAAUGUGGAUAUACUUGUGACGCAUACACCACCCGUUGGACACGGGGAUCUAUGCUGCUCCGGUGUUCGUGCCGGAUGUGUGGAACUGCUGGCCACGGUGCAACAGCGCGUUAAACCAAAGUAUCACGUGUUUGGGCAUGUUCACGAAGGCUACGGUAUUACUUCGGACGGAAGGAUAAUCUUUGUGAAUGCUUCAACGUGCGAUAUUAACUACCUGCCCAAUAAUCAACCGAUAGUGUUCGAUGUGACCCUUCCGAAGGGUCGAACCAAAGACGACUAGACCGUUUUUGCAGGUUUCCCGUGUUAAGUAGCCUACCGUGCCAUACCAUGACAUGCACACCACUCACGAAGUUUCUGCACUGACAAAUCGUAGCGACUCAUCAUAGUAGCCACUCGACUUAAAGUUUCUAUAGAACAACCAACAACAUAUAGCAGGCUGAUUAUCUUAAAUGAGAGUAACGGCAGUCCAUCAUAGCCUACUUGGUAGUCGCUUAGUUAUCAUACACUCUUUUUACAUACCAUUUGAAAACCCGCCGGGAUGGCGCUGAACAAACUCAAAGAACCAAAGGUUCAUCCUUUACAUAGGUAUUAUUGAACAUGUGUGAUUGUCUGCUUCAUCGAAUUUUCUACGCGGAUGUUUGUUUUUUCGGUCUCUAUAAAUCUACAAGAUAUACAAAUUAUACAUCUGCCUGAAGACAGUAUGAUUGUGGCCUUCGUAUGGCAAUAAAACAAACAAAAGAACACGAAACGAAGCUAAUUCAAGUCAGUGCUCCCACAUACAGUCAAAGUUCUUGCCGCACAAAGAAAAACGCAAUUACUUAUCUAAUUAGCAUAUACAACAAUUGGGUAAAGGAGUGUAACAAAAAAGAUCACAUUAAGACUAGAGUUUAGCUGCGAAAUACAUCAAUUACAUGUUUUCCUUUCUAUUUAUCUAGCAAAGUAGUAGGGUUAAUUGGACAGUAGAAGUAAUUGCUCAAGUUAUAUUUCUAUUUAACGAUUUUCAAAUAAUUACUUUAAUGAUGUUUUUUUUUUAAUGCUGGCAACAUUCUUUCCCAUCUUUGUUUCCAAUCCGAUUACGUAGAAAGAACAUGUAAUAUUUGUGAUUUUUAAUUCCUAGACGCAGAAGUUGCAAACAGCUUAUGCU